AAUUGGCGUUUGCUUCAUUUGAAGAGAGUUUUCUUUUGGACUGCCAGAGGGGUUAAUCUGGCUUCAGGGAGAAAACAUGAAGCCAUUUGUGUGUCUCCUUUUAUUAUUUCUUUCUUCUGAAAUAAGAAGCUUUGAUAUAAUAAUAGAGGAGGCUCCUGAAUCCGCCGACCUCGGUGAACUACUGAAAGAGUUUGAGCCCAGUCUUGCUGAGAGAAACAAGAGAAGUGUACUCAGCGACGAUGAUGAGAGUGAGGUUUUUACAGAAGAUUCAAUUACUCUUCACAGCUACAAGGUUGAAUCCACUAUAACUUCACAUUUUGUAAACACCAUGAUUAGAAGCAAAGUGGUGAACAAUGCCAAGCAUCCACAGAACAUUGUAUUUGAUAUCCAAGUUCCUAAGGGAGCUUUCAUCAAUAACUUCACUAUGAAUGUAAAUGGCAUCACAUUUAGUGGGUCAAUUAAGGAGAAGUCUGUGGCCAGAAACCUAUACUCAAAAGCAAGGGCACGAGGCAAAGCAGCUGGAUUAAUGAGGACUAAUUCCCUGGAUUUGGAAAACUUUAAAGCUGAAUUGAAUGUGCCCCCAGGAAGCAAAGUACAGUUUGAAAUCCAUUACCAAGAAGCCCUGCGUCGGAAGUUAGGUGUUUAUGAGCAUGCUCUCUAUAUUCAACCUGGCAGAUUAGCAAAGCAUUUAGAGGUUGAUAUUUAUAUUACAGAACCACAAGGAUUCGGUUUUGUUAAUGUUCCUAAAACAAUUACAGAAGAUUUUGCUGGACUAGUCAAGAUUACAAAAGGAGAUAAAAAGGCUCACAUUUCAUUCAAGCCAACUUUGGAUGAGCAGCGAACAUGUCCCACAUGCUCCACCACAGCUGUGAAUGGAAACCUUCUAGUAAAGUAUGAUGUUAAAAGGGAACAAAGUAGCCACCUUCAGGUUUUCAAUGGAUAUUUCCUCCACUUCUUUGCUCCAGACAAUCUGCCUCCACUUCCUAAGAAUAUCUUAUUUGUCAUUGAUGUGAGUGGCUCCAUGUGGGGUCUGAAGAUGAAACAGACUGUUGAGGCUAUGAAAUCUAUUUUGGAAGACCUGCGUCCCGAUGAUCAGUUCAGUAUUGUUGAUUUCAACCACAAUAUUCGGUGUUGGAAGGAUGAGUUGGUUUAUGCCUCAUCUGUAGAAAAAGAAGAUGCUUCAAAAUAUGUUCAAAGAAUACAGCCCAAUGGAGGUACUAACAUUAAUGAAGCUCUGCUUCGAGCAAUAUUCAUACUCAAAGAAGCCAGCAACAAAGGUCUACUGGAGCCCAACUCUGUUUCUCUGAUUGUGCUGGUGUCUGAUGGUGAUCCCACAGUAGGUGAACUAAAACUGUCGAAAAUUCAGAAGAAUGUGAGGACAAAUAUCCGUGAUGAUUUCUCUCUGCAUUCCCUUGGCAUUGGAUUUGAUGUGGAUUAUGAUUUCUUAGAAAGACUUGCCCAGGAGAAUCAUGGAAUGGCUCAGAGAAUUUAUGGGAACCAGGAUACUGCUGCACAACUGAAGGAAUUUUAUAAUAAAGUAUCUACUCCCCUGCUGAAAAACAUUGUUGUUAACUAUCCAAUGGAAGCUGUCUCAGAUGUAACUCAGAACAGUUUUCACAACUACUUUAAAGGUGACGAGAUUGUUGUUGCAGGUAAACUGAAGCCUGAAAGUGUUCCAAACCUAAUGAGCAUCAUUAAUGCAAACUCGGCAAACGCUGACUUAACAUACCAAUUAAUAGAGGAGGCGGAAGAGCUAAAUGAACUAUUUGAGGAGAGCAAGCAUGUAUUCCCUGACUUUGCCAGACAAUAUUGGGCUCAACUCACCAUCAACCAGCUCUUAGCUGAGAGGAAUUUAGCAACUACUUCAGCUGCCAAAAGGAACAUUACCCAGACUAUCCUUCAACUGUCUAUUGAUCAUCACUUUGUGACACCCUUCACCUCCCUACUGAUUGAAAGUGAAAAUGGAAAUGAAAGGAUGCUGGCUGAUUCACCUAGAGAUCCCAAAGGAGGAUGCUGUCAAACAUUGGUUGUGAACGCCAGGGUACCCCCAAAUCUACCUCAACCAACACCAGAGACAGGAGCUCAACAAUCAAAAACAGCACCCCCUGAUGUUAUGAUACCAAAAUUAGUUGAUGACGAUCCACACUUCAUCAUAAACUUGCCAACAAGUCAAAUUAAUGUCUGCUUUAAUAUUGACAAUCAGCCUGGAAGUAUCCUGAACUUAGUGUCAGAUCCUGAACAAGGCAUAGCAGUGAAUGGGAAAAUUAUUGCUGCCAAAAAGGCCAAAUCUGGCAAACUGAACACUUACUUCGGGACAAUUGGAAUGUAUUUCAAGGAACAAAACAUGAAGAUUGAAAUUAGUCCUGAGAAAAUAAUAGUUAAAGAUGCAUUCUACAGCAGAAUGAUGUCAUGGUCAGAAUCAAUCAGUAUGGACCAAAAUGGAUUCCUUGUAUCGGUGAAGAAGAACAGCAAUGUCACAAUUACAGUUAAUGAAAACAUGAAGCUCUUAGUGGUUCUUCAUCGGGCCUGGAAGAAGCAUCCAGUUAAUGUUGAUUUUCUUGGACUUUACAUUCCAAAUGAAACCAAGUUCUCGGCUGCCACUCAUGGGUUAAUUGGCCAGUUUAGAAUUGAACCUGAAGUCAGUGUUUAUGAUGUGAGAGCAGGAACUGACCCAGAGAAGCCUAUUGCCACAAUGGAAAAAAAUGGAGACAAACUUACAGUAACAAGAGGGACACAGAAGGAGUAUCUCACACACCCUGGGAUGCCAACUAGUGUUACCUGCUGGUUUGUGCACAACAAUGGAAAAGGCUUCAUUGAUGGACAUUACAAGGAUUACAUUGUACCACAGAUCUACAGCUUCUUCAAACGUCAUUGAAAAAUGUGACAUAACUUGUUUUACUAAGGAAAAAAAAUUGUUGCAUUUUUGUUCCAUUUUGCCAAAUAUUUUCUCUUUUACUAUGAUGAGAAAUAGUAGUACUAUAUAUGUGUGACACAAAUAUGCCUCAAGAGAAUUUUCAUGUUUCAGACCAAAAUGACAUAAAGAUCUGCACUCCCCAUAUGGUAAAGCUGUGACACAGAUACACAAAUCACCCAUAGCAAAGCAUUCAAACAAAAGUGGUUUAAUCAGUCCAUAACAUUGUAUACUCAAUGCAAUUAUUGGCUCUUUCCAAUCACUAUUAAUAAAUGGAUAAUAAGGUUAUAUUUAAAA